CACACUACACGCAGCAACAAAGAUACAGAGGAAAAGGAUACAGAUCAAAAAAAGCAGAAUCAUCUGUUGCAAUGAAGACUGUUUGCGUAACUGGAGCGUCGGGAUACAUAGCAUCUUGGCUGGUCAAAUUCCUUCUCCAGAGAGGCUACGCCGUCAAAGCAUCUGUUCGUGAUCCCCAUGAUCCGAAGAAGACGCAGCACUUACUUGCGCUCGAUGGAGCCAAGGAGAGACUUCAGUUGAUAAAAGCAAAUCUACUUGAAGAGGGGUCCUUUGAUUCGGUAGUUGAUGGCUGUGACGGUGUUUUUCAUACUGCAUCUCCUUUUUACCAUGGAGUCACAGAUCCACAGACAGAGUUGAUCGAUCCUGCACUAAAGGGGACUCUGAAUGUUCUUGGUUCAUGUGCGAAAACACCAUCUAUCAAACGGGUUGUCUUAACAUCUUCUGUAGCUGCAGUUGCAUACAAUAGUAAACCUCGAACACCUGAAGUGGUUGUUGACGAGACUUGGUGGUCGGACCCUGAGAUUUGCAGAGAAAUGCAGCAAUGGUAUGUGCUUUCAAAAACAUUGGCCGAAGAAGCAGCGUGGAAGUUUGUGAAAGAGAAAGGCAUUGACAUGGUCACCAUAAACCCAGCAAUGGUGAUUGGUCCGUUGCUUCAGCCAACACUUAACACAAGUUCCGCUGCAAUUUUGGGCUUGAUAAACGAUGCAGAGACAUAUCCAAAUUCUACAUUUGGAUGGAUAAACGUCAAAGAUGUUGCAAACGCACAUAUUCUGGCAUUUGAGAAUACUUCUGCCAGUGGAAGAUAUUGUUUGGUAGAGAGUGUUGCACACUACUCGGAAAUUGUGAACGUACUGCGUGAACUGUACCCUACUUAUCAACUUCCUGAAAAGUGUGCCGAUGACAAGCCAUUUGUGCCAAAGUAUCAGGUCUCGAAAGAAAAGGCAAAAUCUCUAGGCGUCGAAUUCACUACACUUAAAGAAGGAAUCAAGGAAACUGUUGAAAGCUUGAAAGAGAAGAACUUAUUCAAACCCAAGUCGGCUAUUUAAACUUCUACGUCUUCUGUUAAAGGCUAUUAUUAUUAUUAAUAUUAUUCUAUGUUCGUUAUUACCGCUUGUUAAGCAUCCCCUAUAUUGUUCACUUUGUGCAACAUAAAACCCCUCUAAACAAUCCUUUUUAUGACUGUCUGAAAUAAUAAAUUUAUCACUGUAUGGAAUGAUAAAUCUUUGUGGUGCCUUGGAAUUUGCAGUUUUGGUUUGUAAAUGAACUUGUACCAAAAG